AUGCCGGACGGGGCCACCGUUGGCAGUCGUCGUGAAAAGGACCGUGAGAGAUGUGAUUUACUGAAGCACGUCAACGAGCUGUGCCACGGCAUCGAUCAGGAGAUUCACUCCCAUCGGCAGGAGCACGAGCGCGUCCGGGCGACGCUGCAGGAGCUGUACGAGCGGGACAGGGAGGGUUCGCCCGGGCCAGCGGCCCACCCGUUCUCGGAGCCGGAUUAUAAACGUGUCAGCGAUGAAGUGAUCCGGAACCAGCAGAAUCAAAUCCAGCUGAUCAUAGAGGAAAAGGAUACGUUUGAAAAGCUGUGGAAAAGCUCCCAGCGUACGAUCCGUAUACUCGAGCUCGAAAUCCACGAGUAUCGGCGCCAGUUGAAGCAGCCUAAAAGUAUACACGAUCUGCGCCAGCAGUACACGGCGGCCGUGCAGCUGCUCGAACAGAAUCUGGGCGGCGUUCGGCAGGCGCUGGGGGAGAAAAUCGACGAAAAUAGACACCUGCAGCAGGAACGGGCGGAAGCGCUGGAGCGUAGCGCGGCGCUGGAGAAGAGCACGGAAGCGCAACGACAGGAAACGGAAGCAUUAGCGAAGGCAAUCGAAGAUCUGCGGCGAAGCGAGUCCCAGUUGCGGUCGGAGCUCGAGGGCACCAUGCGGGAGAAGGCGGAACUGGAGGAGCUGCUCGAUGCGGCCAAUGCGCUCGCGAAGCAGCACAUGAACCGGGAGCACGUGGCGCUGGCCAAGGUGCAGGAAGCACUGCAGCUCGCGGACACUGCGAUCGAGGAGAAGAACUGUGUCGUGCGGCGUGAACGGGACGCCCGCGACGAGUGCGACUUCCUGGCGUCCACCAUCGGCCAGGUGAUGGAGGAGGCCGCCCGGAAGGUGGAGCACGAGCUGGCCGGCCUGCGGAGCGGCUACGAGGCGCGGAUCGGCGAGAUCGAGCGGGCACUCGAGCUGACGCGGUCCGCACUGGAGGCGCAGAGUCAACGGGCGGCUCGGGCCGAAACGGCGGCCCGGACGGUGGAGGACAAGUUCCGGGCGCUGCUGAAAACGAACCAAAAUCUCGACACGGACCUGCGGGCGGCUUCGAAGAUGAUUGUAGAAAUGGAGCUCAAGAUGGAAGCACUUCAAAAAACCAUGGCCAAAGAAAAGGAAACCAACAGAGCUUGCAGUGCCCGCGAGGAGGACCUGCAGCGGCUGCUGGCUAAUAACGAGCAGCUGAGGGGCCGCUGGAAGCGCGAGAUGCUGGCGGUGACCGGCGAACUGCAGCGCAAGAUUGAAACAAUGCACCGAGAAAAUUGCCAGCUGAGAGCGGAAAACAAUCAAUUAAAGGAUCAACUAUUAAUGGUAUCGGGUUCAGCUGAGGCGGACGCUGAUGUUGAUGUUGCCGUUGCUGGAACUGGAAGUGCCGGAGUUGCAGAGACACCGCAGCAUUCGUGA